AUGUGGAUCUCAAUCUCUCCAGCAAGCCAAUUUCGCCAGGACCUGGUGGUUCUAUCCUUAUUACUGUUUUUCGUCAAUUUCACAGUUCAACAACGGGAUCCUAUAUCGAAUUAUUGCCGGAGAUGGGGCCAUCAAAGUGCAGUUGUCGACGACAAGCUAUACAUCGGCGGAGGACUGGUUACCUAUGAUGGAGGAUCAUCACAGAAUGUGUCCAAUCCUUACUUUAUCUACCAUGAUUUGAGUAGUGUCACCAGUUCAGGCAUGCCACAGCCAUACGCGAAUUUGAGUAAGAACUCGACUGUGCCAGAUGUUAGUGGUGGGGUAUUUUGGCCCGAUACGGUCAACAAGAAGAUAUAUCUUUUCGGGGGCGAAUAUAAUGGUAUCCCGCCUUGGGACUUUGAUCUAUACGCCUACGACAUUAUCAACGAUGAAUGGGACAACCUCGGGGUUUCCAGGACCGACAACAUCAUCGGACUCAGCUAUGGCGCUGGUGUCUCUAUUCCAGAUCGUGGAGAGGCUUACUACUAUGGUGGAUGGAUGAACAAUGCGACAGUUCCGGAUUGGGGCGACGCUCCUCAGAUACCAACGUCUUAUCUGCUGCGAUAUGAGAUGGAUACGAACAAUUGGUCCAACGACACCGGUCCCGAUAACACAGGUCGUGCAGAAGGCGUGAUGGUCCACAUCCCAGCCGGAGAUGGUGGAAUGCUUGUCUACUUUGGAGGAAUCCGUGCCACCGACGAUGGCGGCUGGGAAGGUCAGCCGAUGGAUCAGAUUAUCUUAUAUGAUGUUCUGAGUGGUAAGAGCUAUUUCCAAAAUGCAACAGGCGAUGUUCCAGAGUCACGUCGACGAUUCUGUGCAGGUGCUACGUGGGUGGAGGACCAGUCUUCCUACAACAUUUACCUUUAUGGAGGCGCUGGUGAAGAGGAAGGAAGCCUUGGAUUCGACGACAUUUAUAUCUUGACACUGCCCACCUUUACUUGGAUCAAAAUGUACCCCGACGGCAAUAGUACUGGCAGCUAUCCUCAUCAUAGCUUCAGCUGCAACGUGGUAAACGACGCCCAGAUGUUUAUUCAUGGAGGUUUCUUCCCUCUCAACGACGACUGCGACGUUCCCGAUCAAUGGGGUCUACACGACAUGUCCUUGGGCAGACAAAACAAGGAUAAAGCUCCGUGGAUGCUGUACGAUCCUGAUUUGACCACAUAUGCCGUCCCGACAGAUAUUAUCUCCGUUGUAGGAGGAAACUCAAAGGGUGGUGCUACCAAAACAGCACCAUCGGGUGGUUUUGACCACCGAGAUCUCACAGCCCUCAUGACACGAACAGCUUCAGCAGGAACUCGAACGGCAACACGAAAUGUAUCGGGCGCGACUGCAACAGGGGAUUCUGAUUCGGAUAACAAACUGCCCACCGGCGCCAUAGUGGGUAUUGCAGUCGGAGGAGCAGUUGUCCUUCUAGGUGUGCUUUUGGCUGGUUUCUGCCUCAUACGAAGACGUCGAGCUCGACGGGAACGAGUUGGAUCCCAACAACCAAUGGCCCAGCCUUACGAUUAUCACCACCCUGCUCACCCAUCUAUCGCCUCGAACCAGUACUCGCCUGGUCCCUGGAGCCCACAAUCAGCAAGCUUCAAUCCUUCAAGCCCAACUGGAUUGACUAUGCAGCAGACUGCUCAGUCUUAUACGGGACCGCCAGUUGAACUUCCAUCAGGAGGCCCCGAGGACACUUCACGUGAUUCUCCAUAUGCACAACCGGGCUCAGCAGUUGAGCCAAAGUACGAUGCACAGGGCAAUCUUUGGAUUCCCCAAGUGAGUACUGUACAAAUCCCGGACCAAAAUCAUUCUCCGGGAAGCCCUCCCUACUACGAAGGGACGAUGGGCUCUAAUUCAUCCAAGAACGGGACAGGAUAUUUUACAUCAGAUACUCCCCAGCCCCAGGAACUUGCGACAGAAAGACGCACCUCCUAUGUUCCAGGGCAGCCAGUCCACCAGACAUAUUACCACCCAUAA